AUGGCCGAGUGCCGAGCAGAUGUGGAACCAUACCAAUCUAGCAUGUACAAGAUAGGAGUAAUGAAGAAAACAUUUGGACCUGCUCUGAAUGCAUCAAGAGAUAGUAAUGCAGAAGAUUUUGGCAUUGGUGCAAACAUCAAAGAUUUACACUGUAGCCACAGGAAGAUAGUGCUAGACUGUCUUUCUGGUUCUAAUGGCAAGGAGAGUAUUGCUAAAGCAGCCAAUUUACUUUGCUCAGCUUAUUUCAAUGGUGAUGCUCAUGGAGAUGGCAAAAGGAAACCAACAUUUACAGAAGCUGACAUGGCUAGUGCGCUGAAAGCUGUAGGUUGUGGUGAACCAGAACCUGAUCUUCUUCUCAUGUAUGGUCCUGCUAGAUGCCAUUUAGGCUUUCCUGCAUGGAGAUUACGGUAUACUGAAAUUAUGUAUAUGGGGCCACUGAAACCAAUGAAAUAUGGGGCCAUUGUGAAAGCCUUAUAUAACUGCUCAAAGAAAUACCAAAAUUUUGAGGCAGGCAGGGGCAGCAGCUACCGCAGCAGCAGUUGA